AUGGGUUCGCGAUCUAAAGUUAGGAAACUUAGUCCCAUUCCUACUGAAGAAUUGGAUAGUAUGAUUUUGAGGGAUCACGAUUUUGAUGAACGUAUGUAUAAGUGGGACUUACAGAUUGACACCCUUCAAAAGGAAUUGGAAUCCGUACGUAAAAGAAAGAACAAGUGUCUGGAGGACCUUCAAAGUGAUGAAGGUUCUGUUCAAUACCAGGAGUGCUUGUCAUUUUUUGAUAAGGAGGAAAGAGAGAUUUUAAAUAGGAUUGAAGCUGUCAAUGAUUUUUAUCAAAAGUAUGAAAAUUAUUUUGAUUCUGGUGAUUUGGAAGAUGAUUUGGACUGUGAUGAUUUUGAUGAAAGUUUUGACUAUGUGGAUUCCUAUGUAAAUAGUGAAGAUGAAGCGGAUAAGGGUGGAUCUUGA